ACAGGCAGCUUGACAGAGGGAGACAACUUCAUUGGUGCAUGUAUAUGGCGCAGGAAGAUGUGGACCUAGCCCUGGGUCUCUCCGUCGGCUCCGGCACUGGCAACCCCCACCUGCUUCAGCCGAAAGAAGCACCGCCGCUGGAGCCAUCGUUGACCCUGAGCCUAACCAUCGCCGUAAAGAGGGAGAAAGUGGAGGAGGAGAACAAGAGGGCCAUGAUCUACUACUCCGCGGCAUCGUCAGCGGCGGAUGACGACAUUGAGGGGUGCAACAACAGCGGUAGCAGCCGGAAAAAGCUGAAGCUAACCAAGGAGCAGUCGGCGCUCCUGGAAGGUCGCUUCAAGGAGCACAGCACUCUCGACACGAAGCAGAAGACAGCUUUAGCAAGGCAGCUCAACCUCAGGCCAAGGCAAGUUGAGGUCUGGUUCCAAAACAGAAGAGCCAGGACAAAGCUGAAGCAAACGGAGGUGGACUGCGAGCUCCUGAAGCGCUGCUGCGAGACUCUCACCGAGGAGAACCGGCGCCUCCAUCUUGAGCUCCAGCAACUCCACCACCAACAACAACGCCACCCAACCGCGUUCUUCAUGCCCGCAGCCGCCAUGCUCUCCGUCUGCCCCUCCUGCGACCGCCUCGCCCCUGCACCGCCCGCCCAUGCCGCCGCCGCAGCUGACCGUCCUGCCUCCAAACGCAGCUUCUUUGCCACCAAUUCUGCCGCCUCAGCUAGACAACUCUAUCCACACAAAGAUAGACAUGCAUCCAUGAAUUAGUCAAUCAUGAGUUCAUAACUCAACUGAUUAGUGUAUAUAGAUGUUCAUCCCAUCCACUCCCCUUUAUUUGGUUAGCUUCGUUUUUUCGCAAGUUAACUGAUGCACGAGGAGGAUCGAUGGAGUACCAUGAAUUUAGGAAAAGAAUAUUUUAUUAUAGUGUAUGAAAUGUUGCCGUUGUAGCUACUUAGAUAGGAUAAAAAGUGUAGUUGUUUGUGAGUCCCUGAUGAAUUUUAUUAAGUCAGGAGAUUACCACCUACCU